AUGAGCUCCUUCACCAACACCACCAACUUCGACAACCUCAUGCUCCAAACCCUCAUGGGCAGGCUCCAAAUCCGACCCCCAACGAACAACUCCUUCCUCUCGCAAACCCUCGAAGAACUUCUCUUCGACGCCGCCAAUCUCUCUGGCGAUGAAGACGAUGACGACGAGAACAAGACCCAGCUCGCCAAAGAAGAAUCCAAGCUCGAGAAGGACAUCAUCCGGGUCAUUCUCAGCGGCAAGACCGAUUCCCUCAAACCCAAUUCGGGUCAGGCGGUGACGAUUGGGGAGCAUCACAUUUGUGUCGGGUUUCAUGAGGAAACGGGUUCGGAUUAUCGGGUCUGGGAGUGGCAUGGGCAUAUCAUGCUCUUCGAUGAAGAAAAUGGAUACACUCCAGAGUAUAUAUAUGGGAAUUACUUUGAGAGACUGAUUGGCAAGGCUCGCACUGGCAGUAGUGGUGCUCGUGUUGAGGAGGAGGCUAAGGAGGAAGAGGAGGACAAAGAGCAGGUGGGAAAUUUGGGGCUCAGGGAAUUGAUUGAUGGUGGGGAUUCGGGUCAGGGUCGGAUUCUUCAUCGGAAUAUCAAUGCCGGUUCUUCAAGCCUAAGAUUUUAUCCAACUUCUCAAAUUGAGGUUUGGAGUAAUCCUUCACUCAAAUAUCAGAGUAAAGAGCUUAUGCCAACUAUUUUCGCGAAAGAUGGCGCAUAUGGAAGGACACAUCUAUUUUGUAGUUAG